AUGGAGGAAACUCUUCAAACUCUUCAUCCUGUUAAUAGCCCAACAACUAAAGAUAGGUUCAACCAUCGCCAAUCAACUUCUGAUCUCUCCUCUGAGGUGACUAUCCCAGAUCUUCCCCUGGAAAAAGUCAAGAAACUAGCAGCACUCAGACUUGGGGCUAAAAUUCUCUCGGGUAAACAGUAUAAAAUGAUGAGUAAGACAACUACUCCAAAGAAAAGGAAUGCUAAACCCACCUCCAAAGAUAUAGCUAAGUCUUUUGCUCGCUCUGCCGCUAAAAAGAAAAUACCUGACAACCCUCUCCAUGGUGCAAGCACAAAACGCAGACUGUCGGCUCGAAGGACUCCUCGUAGCAAAAGAACCUGCUUGGGACAAAACCGCAGUGGCCCUAAAGUCCUUUCCUCAAGGAAAGUUGUUGAGUCCUCAAAUGUACCUCAUUGUGAGGCAGUUACUAAUAAUGCUCUUGUUGCAUCCAUUUCUAAGGGCUCGGUCCUGACUACUUGUAAGGGUUCGAUGGUUUUCUAG